UGACCGUCGACAGUAGCACACUUCAUACAUCUCUUUGCCUCCCGCUUUCUUUGUGCAAGUCUUUUAAAAAAAAAGGGGGGUUCUUAAACGCCUCUAUUAUUUUUUUACCAAAUACUUAAGCAUUUGUCGUCGUAAGAUUUUGUCACUUACUUUUUUCGUAAUAGCCCGAAAUAGAAAAAAAAAAAGACAUUUGUUGGAUUUCCGCCGCUCGUGUGUAUAUAGUUUUCUUGUUACAAAAAAAAAAAGAAAGAAAGAAAAAUAGAGGGGGGAGGAGGGGAGUUUAACAUGGAAAACAAUCAUCAACUCGGCAGUCCCCAAUAAGUGUUAGUGCCUGGCUGGCUCCUGCGAAGGCAAGCUGAACGCAACCAAUCGACAAUCAGCUCGAGUUUUGGAAGCUCCGCCCGUUUUAGUCUUGUGGGCUUAUCUCGUUCGAACGGGCAACCUUUGCAAGCUUUUCAGUUGGUUCUACGUUGAAUAUCAGCAAGUUUCGUGAAACAGGUUUGAGUGACGAAGGCUGCGAAAGGCCAUUUUUAGCCGGUUCGUCAAGAAACAUGGGAAUUUACGACAAAUCAGCACCAACUUCCAUGGAAGAUUCUGCCGUACGAGCUGAAUCAGUUCCUGAUUUUCGAUUGCGUGACGAUAUGUCGGGAGUUUCGGGGCUCAUCGGCAAGGCUCAUCAUUCUUCGACCAGCUACGGCCGGAUACAUCAGUCUUUGCAAUCGGAAGAGUCGAGGAACAAUUCCGGCAAGCGAAACAUUUCCUCCGAUGUCACCAGCGACGAUCUGAAUAGCACGGCGUCCAACGAAGACGUCAACGACGCUGAUCACGAAUCACGCAAAGGAGGAUUGGGCCACGGGGAUGGCGAUGGCGAUGGUGAAGCGGCCGGAAGUGACGGCGAUCAUCCGGAUGAGUUUACACCUAAGCGGAAGCAGAGACGCUACCGUACCACUUUUACUAGCUAUCAAUUAGAGGAACUUGAAAAGGCCUUUUCUCGCACUCAUUAUCCGGAUGUAUUCACAAGGGAAGAACUAGCGAUGAAGAUUGGGCUCACCGAAGCUAGAAUUCAGGUUUGGUUUCAAAAUCGGCGCGCGAAAUGGAGGAAACAGGAGAAAGUGGGGCCACAGGGUCAUCCUUACAGUCCGUACGGCGGCGCAGCUAGCGGAGCUGGAGGAGCCAAUGGAAUGCCAACUUUGCAUAAUCACCAUCACUCUCAUCAACUCGGCACCGGUGUCUCGGCUUCUGGCUCCAACGGCGGAAGCAGUUCUUUACCUCUUCCGGUUUCGCUUGGCGGGCCGCAUCCAUUCCCGGUUCAUCUCGGCUCGAAUCAUCCGUACAUGCCGCGCAAAUCGUUGGAUUUCUUAACUCGUCUACCCAAUUUGCCGACCUCACCGAUGGUGCACGGCCUUCCGGUAACGAUGGCUAAUUUGCACGGCCUGUCCGGUAUGCCUCCGGGCUAUUUAUCCCCCGGCAUCGGUUCCCCGUUUUUCGGAUCGGCGCUUCAUGGCUACCGCCAUCCGCUGGUGAAUUCGGUUUACAGCCAACCCAACCCAUCGAUGGCGGCCCACUCGUUCCAGGCCCUUUUGGCUUCGCUUUCCAAUCAAAGACCAAAACUAGCCACCGAAUUGUGUCCCAACGAUUACCAAUCGCUGCUGUGCAGACUGUCAACACUCCAUCAGUCAACGUCGCCAACUGGUUUGACAUCGUUGGCUUCACCUCCGUCUCACCACCCGGUUUCUCUUCAGCAGCCACAGGUUGCGCAAGCGGGUGCGGCGCCUUCCGUUAGCCCUUCGAGCGCUGCCGCCAGUAGCUGCUCUCCUGUUCCUCAGAGUAUCAGCGCUUGUGGCAACAGUAACAGCAGCAGUGGCGGCAACGUCGAAUUGCCGCCAGCAGCCAGUUCUCCCCUGGGUGGCGAACUGGAUCGCAGGGCUUCCAGUAUAGCCGCUUUGCGUCUCAAAGCCCGGGAGCACGAACUCCGCAUCGAGAUGAUGCGGAAGAACGGCACAGACUUGCUCAGCUGAAGACACACACACACAAUUUAUUUUUUAUUUUUUUCUGGGGGGGGGGGAGCAUUUUGAAAAUCGCCUUUUUGACACGAGCUACGCAUCGCCUAAAGCCAUUUGCUCACAGUUGCAUUUUUUUCAUUUAAUCUUUCCAUUAAAGUAUUUCUUUUUUAUUUUUGAAAUAUUAUAAUUAGCUCAAAACCUUAAAAAAAAAAAAAAAAAAAUCUACGCUUUUUGGUUUAUCUAUUUUUAUAAUUUUUUUCGUGUCCCUUUUUCUUGUGUGUGUGUUUCUUUCAAUUGAAACUAUAAUUUUGUGUUCGAUUGCGUGUCUCCUACCGAUUUCCGCGUGUUCUUCCUGUACAGUGGACUUUAUAGAAAAGAAAAUCUCGUUGUGUCUCCUUUCCCGAUUUUCGUAAUCAGAAGGCGAGUUAUUAACGGUUGAACCUUAUUUCACAUGAAUAUUAGAAUUAGAAUCGCUGCAGCGCUUUCCUCUAAUUUUUUUUUUCUCUUCAAAGUUUGUCAUCGUCUCGUUUCCUGCUCGCCACUCAUGUUCCUUUUGAUAAACGUUUUUCUCAAUACAUUUUGUUUUGUUUUU